UUCAACCAAGAUGGCCUCCAAACGAGCAUUGUGGUCUGAAGAUAACUUAGUGUCGGCAGUUCGAGCAGUACAAAGUGGAAGGCUGAGUACUUAUAAAGCUGCUGAGAGGUAUAAAAUUCCCAGAAGAACCCUACGAAAUCAUCUCCAGACCGGCAGUUUGAAAAAAACACUAGGUCGAAAAUUCAUACUCAGUGAUGAUCAGGAAGCUGAUCUUGUUAGUGGAAUUUUGAGGUUUGCUGAAAUAGGAUUGCCUGUGACACCAUUGAUUCUGCGACGUUUGGUCUAUAAAUUUUGUCAGCUUCAUAACAUCAAGCAUAACUUCAAUCAACAUGCUAGAGCUGCUGGUAAACAUUGGUUAAAGACGUUCCUGCAAAGAAAUCCAGAAAUAUCAAGGAGAAAAGCUCAGUUUAAGAACCCGGCCAGGCCACAAAAGUUUAAAAAAAAUAUCGUCGAUGAUCACUUCAAAAGACUGAAUGAAAUUUACGAUAGUCUAGAUUUGAAAAGUCAUCCUGAAAAGAUUUAUAGUAUGGACGAGAAAGGUUGCCGUUUAACAAUCCACCACCAGAAAACUGUUUUGGCAAAGAAGGGAGCUAAAAGAGUGCAUUUACAGUCUUCGGAACACGCUGAAAGUGUUACUAUCGCGGGAUGUGUAAAUGCACUUGGUAGUGUUAUACCGCCAAUGAUCAUUUUUAAAGGUAAGCGAUUGAAGCCAGAAUUAUAUGACAACUUACCACCGGGAUCAUUGGUAGAAAAAUCUACAAAAGGUUGUAUGACCAAUGAACUUUUCAAAGAAUUUUUGAAACAUCUAGCCCGGUACAAAAGUGCAGGAAAGUGCCUUUUAAUUUUUAACGGAGCAGCUUGUCACUUGGACUUAUCCACCGUCGAAGUUGCAGAUUCGCUCGAUAUAUCAUUAUACUGUUUACCUUCUAACACCACUCAUGAACUACAACCCCUUCGUAAAGCCGUCUAUCGAUCAUUCGAACACCACUGGGAUGCUGAAGUUUUAUCAUUUAUUGAACAAAAUCCAGACGAAGAACUUACUAAGGCACGGUUUAAUACUAUCCUUUCAAAUGUCUGGUCCAAAUGCAUGACCCAUAAUAACAUCACAAGUGGCUUUAAAGCAACUGGUUUGUUUCCAUUGAAUUCACAGGCUAUUUCAGAAACAGCGUAUGCUUCAUCUUUAUUGACAGAAGCUCAUGUAUCUUAUAGAGUUGAUAAAGAAAAUUCACAUCCUCGAUUCUCUCUAUGCUAGUUAUUAUUAGUUCAGUUAUUGUUGAUUUUGUUUGAAAGUAUGAAAAUUAUAUUAUAAUUUAAUUGAUUUUACUAAGUCUUAUUAAUUAAUUAUAUAUUUUGUAUAAAUAUACAACUAUAUGUAAUCAUACAUCAGUGUGGGACGAGCUCUGACCCGCUCGACUGACGACCUCAAGAGGAUAGCUUGAAGUGGGUGGAUGCGGAAGGCGGAGGAUUGUUUGUGGUGGCGUGCUCUUGGGAAGGCCUAUGUCCGGCAGUGGACGCAAACAGGCUGAUUGAUUCUGAUAAUGCUCUGACACACUUGUGUCGUGUUCCUUCACGUCCGCACACGCAUUGAGUGGCAGACCCGUGUUUCCACCCUAGACGACCUCGAAUAUAACAGCCUCCUAGACUGGUUCUUUCGCAGGGGC